AUGUCUGACGAAAUCGUCUGGCAGGUGAUUAACCAGCAAUUCUGCUCCUACAAACUCAAAACAACCAAAGAGCAAAACUUCUGCCGCAAUGAAUACAACGUGACAGGCCUCUGCAACCGGCAAUCCUGCCCACUAGCCAACUCCCGCUACGCAACCGUGCGAGCCGACCCAGAGACCGGCGUCAUGUACCUGUACAUGAAGACGAUUGAACGAGCCCACAUGCCAAGCAAAUGGUGGGAGCGCGUGCGCCUCUCAUCAAACUACGCCAAGGCCCUCGAACAACUAGACGAGCGCCUGCUCUACUGGCCCAAGUUCCUGACGCACAAGUGCAAGCAGCGUCUCACCCGCCUCACACAGGUGAACAUCCGGAUGCGCAACAUCGCCAAGGAAGAUGAGCGGCUCGGCGAGCGGGUUGUGCCGAAGCUGGCGCCUAAGAUUCGGCGCCGUGAAGAGACGCGCGAGCGCAAGGCGCUUUCGGCGGCUAAGGUUGAGCGUGCUAUUGAGCGGGAGUUGAUUGAGAGGCUGCGGAGUGGGGCUUACGGGGACCAGCCGCUUAAUGUUGAUGAGGGGAUUUGGAAGAAGGUGCUUCGUGGGUUGGAGCGGGCGGGUGAUGGGCAGCGGGAUGAGGAUUUGGAUGAUGGGGAGGAAAUUGAGGAAGAGGAGGAGGAGGGUGUUGGGGAGGUGGAGUAUGUUUCUGAUCUGGAUGAGGAGGAGGAUUUGGAAGAUAUUGAGGAUUGGCUUGGUGAGGGCUCGGGCGGUUCUAGCGAUGAGGAGUCUGAGGAGGAGGAGAGCGAUGAUGAGGAUAGUGAUGAGGAUAUGGCUUCUAGUGAGGAUGACAAGAAGCCGAAGCCUGGUUCUAAGCGGAAGCUUCCUGCGCCGAGGGCCAAGCCGCAGCCUCGCAAGAAGGGUCCUCGUAUCGAGAUCGAGUACGAGACCGAGGGUGCUGGCAAGGAGCAUGUCAUGGCGUAA